UACAGCCUGCAGAAAUAUGCAAAUUUAGUUCGGCGAACAAUCGCGCAAUUAAUUGGAAAUAAUUGCGGAAUUCAUAGCCAAGGCAAGAGGAGAAGUUAUUUAUGAAUUUCUGAUUACAUUUCGCGGUAAAAGCGUUUCGAGAGAUGCAAUCGUGGAGUGUAAUUUCAGUUUCGAGAGUGAGUUUUCCACUUGACUUUGUCCUAACGAGUUUGCUUUUGGUUCUCAUCGGAUGCCAUGGCGAAAGGACGAAUGUGGGUCUUAUUUACGAGAACACCGAACCAGAUCUCGAGAAGAUCUUUCACUUGGCCAUAAGCAAGGCGAAUGAGGAGAACGAGGAUCUGCAGCUGCACGGAGUGUCGGUCACCAUUGAGCCAGGAAACUCCUUCGAGACCUCCAAGAAGCUAUGCAAAAUGCUAAGGCAAAAUCUGGUGGCCGUAUUUGGACCCACCACGAAUCUAGCUGCCCGUCACGCGUUGAGCAUUUGCGACGCCAAGGAGCUGCCCUUUUUGGACACGCGCUGGGACUUCGAGGCCCAGCUGCCGACCAUCAAUCUGCACCCACAUCCGGCCGUCCUGGGCGUGGCCCUGCGGGACAUGGUGUUGGCCCUGGGCUGGGAGAGCUUCACCAUAAUCUACGAGUCUGGCGAAUAUUUGCCCACCGUCAGAGAGCUGCUGCAAAUGUACGGCACUGCUGGACCAACGGUCACGGUGCGACGUUAUGAGUUGGAUCUGAAUGGGAACUAUAGGAAUGUACUGCGGCGUAUACGUAAUGCGGAGGACUUCUCGUUUGUGGUUGUGGGCUCGAUGGCCACUUUGCCGGAGUUCUUCAAACAGGCCCAGCAGGUGGGUCUGGUGACCAGUGAUUAUCGCUAUAUCAUUGGUAACCUGGACUGGCAGACCAUGGACUUGGAGCCGUAUCAACAUGGCGGCACCAACAUUACGGGUCUGCGUCUCGUGUCACCGGAAAACGAACAGGUGCAGGAGGUGGCCAAGGCGUUGUACGAGAGCGAGGAGCCCUUCCAGAACGUGUCCUGCCCCCUGACCAACAGCAUGGCCCUCGUCUACGAUGGCGUUCAGCUGCUGGCCGAGACCUACAAGCAUGUGAACUUCCGGCCAGUGGCCCUCAGCUGUGGCGAUGACAGUGCCUGGGACAAGGGCUACACGCUCGUCAACUACAUGAAGUCGCUAACGCUGAAUGGCCUCACGGGUCCCAUUCGCUUUGACUACGAGGGACUGCGCACGGAUUUCGAGCUGGAAGUCAUCGAGCUGGCCGUUUCGGGUAUGCAGAAAGUUGGCCAAUGGAGCGCCGAGGAUGGCUUCCAACAGAAUCGCCCGGCCCCGGCGCACUCCUUGGAGCCGGAUAUGCGCUCGCUGGUGAACAAAAGCUUCAUUGUCAUCACGGCCAUUAGCGAGCCCUAUGGCAUGCUGAAGGAGACCUCAGAGAAACUGGAGGGCAACGAUCAGUUCGAGGGCUUUGGCAUCGAGCUAAUCGAUGAGCUGUCCAAGAAGCUGGGCUUCACCUACACUUGGCGGCUCCAAGAGGACAACAAGUAUGGCGGGAUUGACCCCAAAACGGGCGAGUGGAAUGGCAUGUUGCGUGAGAUAAUGGACAGUCGCGCUGACAUGGGCAUUACGGACCUGACCAUGACAUCGGAGCGGGAGGGUGGUGUGGACUUCACCAUACCCUUCAUGAGCCUGGGAAUUGGCAUUCUUUUUCGCAAACCAAUGAAGGAACCUCCCAAGUUAUUCUCCUUUAUGUCGCCGUUUUCCGGAGAAGUCUGGCUCUGGCUGGGCCUGGCCUAUAUGGGUGUAUCCAUAAGUAUGUUUGUCCUGGGACGACUUUCCCCAGCAGAGUGGGACAACCCGUAUCCCUGCAUAGAGGAACCAACGGAGCUGGAGAAUCAGUUUAGUUUCGCCAACUGUCUGUGGUUCUCCAUAGGCGCCCUACUGCAACAGGGUUCUGAGCUGGCUCCCAAGGCUUAUUCCACUCGGGCUGUGGCUGCAUCUUGGUGGUUUUUUACUUUGAUUUUGGUCUCCUCUUACACGGCCAAUCUGGCGGCCUUUCUCACAGUGGAAUCCUUGGUGACGCCCAUCAACGAUGCCGAUGACUUGUCAAAGAACAAGGGCGGUGUUAACUAUGGUGCCAAAAGUGGGGGUGCCACAUUUAACUUUUUUAAGGAGUCAAACUAUCCCACCUACCAGCGGAUGUAUGAGUUCAUGAGGGACAACCCUCAGUACAUGACCAACAGCAACCAAGAGGGAGUGGAUCGGGUGGAGAACUCCAACUACGCAUUUCUCAUGGAGUCCACCACCAUUGAGUACAUCACAGAACGUCGAUGCACGCUCACCCAAGUGGGAGCUUUGCUGGACGAGAAGGGCUACGGCAUAGCCAUGCGGAAGAACUGGCCAUACAGGGACACACUUAGCCAGGCAGUCCUGGAGAUGCAGGAGCAGGGUGUUCUGACCAAGAUGAAGACCAAAUGGUGGAAGGAGAAACGCGGCGGUGGAGCCUGUUCGGAAGCCCCCGACUCAGAUGCCUCCUCACUGGGAUUUGCCAAUUUGGGCGGCGUCUACCUAGUCAUGUUCGUGGGCAGCUGUUUUGGCAGUGUUUAUGGCCUGGUCAACUGUGUGGUCAGCGUCUACUUAAGUGCGCGGGAGAACAAGGUAGACUUCAAGACCGAACUUCUGGACGAGAUUCGUUUUAUUUUACAAUGCUCUGGCAAUACCAAAGCUGUAAAGUAUCCAAAGAACUCUUCGCGGUCUGCAGCCAGUUCGAAAUCAAAGGGCUCAUCUAUGUCUGUGGAUUCAUUGCCCGAGGAUACUUCAGAUGCCGAAGUAUCUGGCAAGCAUAACCAUGCCAAGAAGUAAAUUAUCGAUUAUCGAUGUUGAUAACAAUAUUUUUAUUACAUUUUUGAGAAAAUAACAAUUCAUUUUAAUAAAAAUAAGACUUUCUGAACCAAUUGGUUCAAAAAUUGCUUGAAGUUAAGUAAAAAAAAUUACAUAAUAAAAAAGAAAUGCAA